AUGGCAACUCCGACUCAUGCUCUGUCGGUCAACAUCUACGGCCGCGGCGACGCCACACUCGGCGAUGGCCCGUCACACAUGGGCAUCGCCGUGUACAAGAUCGGAUCCCCCACCUGCUCAAUGCACCACAUUCGCAACCCCAGCGACACAGACUUCAUCUACGAUCCACGCACUCAACCACUGGAAGACGACCCUGUAUUACGCGGCCGAUGCGAACUCACUACUUUCACAUCCGUCGAGCAGAAGAACCAAGCAGAAAGCCUCCUAACUAACUUCGGGUGCGAUGAUACCAGUAUCCCCGAAUUCGGGGUGGGCAAUUGCCAAGAUUGGGUAGCGGGGGCUAUUCAGAUGUUAGAAAACGCAGGUUUUGUGCCACCGGGAGAAGGGCAGUUUUGGGAGGAGAUGAUCAAUUUAAGUGCUGCAGCUAUGCAGGAUCGGUGUGAAAGGACUGGAAGGGCAUGGAUUCUGGGCCCGGAACAUGUGCUUGAGGGUGAAGCUGAUGCGAGGUUUGUGGAUAAGGGCGAGUUGAAGCCUGUGGGGAGGUUGAUGGAGAAUUCGGCGUUGAGGGAGCGGAUGUUGGCGCUUGUGGGAAAUCUUCCUGUCAGUGAUUCCAUGGGUGUAAAUGAGGGUUUGGCUGGGGAGAGGCCGUUUUAUGUGUCGAGCCCUUUCUUCAGUCGUGCGCGUGAGGUCCCUGGAAGUGAGGGUGCGUCUUUUCCUGCUGGUACUGUUGAGGGGAGAACCCCUUCCGCAAGUUGA